UGCAGAGACGCACCGGUGCGUCUGACGUCAGAGCAACACUGAUGCUGCGGCGUGCCCUUAACCUUGUUGUACGCUGAGAAUAUUCUACACACAACUGCGGUUUAGUUUGAGUUUUGACAGAUUUCACUAUGUCACUUGCAGCAGAGGCCUUUGUCUCCCAGAUAGCAGCCGCUGAGCCUUGGCCGGAAAACGCCACCCUGUAUCAGCCUCUGAGAGAAGACCAGAUCUUGCUGUCAGAUUGUGCUUCCUCUCUAGCAGUGCAGGCCUACCUGAGGAUGUGUGGCCUUCCUGUCCAGGUGAUCUGCCGACCCAACGCAGAGUACAUGUCCCCCUCCGGUAAAGUCCCCUUCGUUCAGGUUGGAAACCAGGUGGUGUCAGAGCUGGGGCCUAUAGUACAGUUCACCAAGGCUAAGGGCCACACUCUCAGCGAUGGUCUAGAUGAUGUGCAGAGAGCUGAGAUGAAGGCCUACAUGGAACUGGUCAAUAACAUGUUAUUCACUGCAGAGUUGUAUAUCCAGUGGUGUGAUGAGACCACAGCGGCCGAGAUCUCGCGGCCCAGGUACAGCAGUCCAUUCUCCUGGCCUCUCAACCACAUCCUAGCCUAUCAGAAACAGUGGGAGGUCCGAAGGAAGAUGAACGCCAUUGGCUGGGUGGGCAAGAGUCUGGAACAGGUGUAUGAAGAUGUGAGCCAGUGCUGUCAGGCUCUCUCUCAACGUCUAGGAACACAGCCCUACUUCUUCAACAAGCAGCCCACAGAGCUGGAUGCCCUGGUGUUCGGCCACCUCUUCACCAUCCUGACCACGCGUCUGACCAGCGACCAGUUGGGCGAGAAGGUCAAGGCCUACAGCAACCUGCUGGGGUUUGUGCGCCGCGUGGAGCAGGCCUACUUCGAGAACAGCCAGGCUGGAACCACCUCCAGAGGGUUGAGCAAGGGCCCCUCGCUCAUCUGAGAGCUGCACACACACAUCUGCACACACACACAAAUGCACACACAAAAACACACGCACACAAAAUAAAUCACUGAUAUGGACAUGCACACACAUAAAAACGAAGACACACAGGCACAUAAGAAGGGAAACAGUUCCCACACAUGCAUGCGCCACACACACCAACCCCAUCAUCUGGUUAGGGUUAGUCCCUUAUUCCUCCGGUCCUGAACCCUGGAACUACCUAGCUUUCCCUCCCUCCCUCCUUACUCUCCCCCCUCCGUCUCCUCCCUCUAUUCUUGUCUCCUUCUCCCUCCUCUCUCCCCCUUCCCUUCCAGUUGUGUCUAUGUCUGUUAAUGCCAUAACAGGAAUACACCCUGUGUAUUAUACCCUGUGUAUUCCUGUGUAUCUGUGACGUUUCAAACAACACCAAGCAAUUACUCGUAUAUCAAUAUGUCACCAAAUAGUUUUCCCCCCCUUUUCUAAUGUCUGAUUUUGUUGUUGUUUUUUGUCCUCUGAAUUGUUGAAUGGAAAGUGCCUACUCAAAUAAAACCCCAUCUGUCAGACCAUG